GAGUGGGUUUUUUUUUUGCUAUUAACGUGUGAUGCUCGCAAAGAAAUAUAUUCUAAUAAUGCCGUUUAACGGACUAGUAUGAGGCUUGGAACAGUUUUACCUCAGAGGUAAGUGAGGAAGACCAGAUAACCGCACUUUUAACUAUCCUGUGUCUUUAUUUCUCGUAAUUGAACUGGUCAGUAAUUAUUUAAACAGCUGCCACUUCAAAGCCAGUUACAUUAAGUGCAGAGAUUAGUCUACUGAGGAUUAGUAUGGUAUUUUGAUGAACUUUGAUUUGCGGUUUAUAAAAAAAAAUACCUCGAUGGUUGAUUCACCGUUAAAGUUUGCUAGGGUGCCUGACGGCAGUAUGGCAUUUUUUUGUAUCCCUACAUGCCUACAUUUUUUAACCGCAUCUUACAAUACAAGCUCCAUGCAGACAGCACCCCGGGUCUCCGGAAUUGAACCCAGGACCCCAGCGCUGCGAGGCGAUAAAUCUGACCGCUGUGCCGCUCGUUCUUGUUAUUAUAAAAAUAAAUCGCGGAGGAGAUUUUCACUUUUAAAAACUGGAUACUUAUGACCUGUGUUCAUAGAUGGCAUGCUGUUUUCCUUUUAAUUAUGAAAUGUUAAGGAACGUUUUCAAUGUUCCAGUUUGCGAAGACUGCACAGGGAUUGUGAAAAGUUGAUUCGUGUUUUGUAUUUUUGUAGUGUUUGAAAAUCCGUUUUACCUCAUGUAAACCAGCUCCUAUGUCUUCUAUUUCUCCUUAUUUAUUUAUCACAGUCACACUUCCCCUUACUCGCGUCUCUGCUUGAACUGGGACUCGUGUACGGUUUUCCAUUUGAAUUGCAUUGUACUGUCUGAAGGGACCUGCUUUAGUCUGCACUGGGGUGUUUCUUUACAGUCUGUUCUUGGCAGCCUAGGUUGGCAACAGCAGAAUUGACAAGUUCGUUUCCUUCCAGUCGUGCCGUGAAGAUGCGAGUGUGCAGUUUCGCUGCCGCUUUGGCGGCGCUGCUCCUGCUGCUGCAGGCGAGACCGGACGCAGCAGCGAGCAACGGGGACGUGAGGCUGGUGGGGGGCGCGUCCUCCUCUGAGGGCCGAGUGGAGGUGUAUUACACCGGGAGCUGGGGGACGGUCUGUGACGACAGCUGGGAUAUAGCCGACGCCACGGUCGUGUGUCGCUCGCUGGGAUUCGCCAACGCCACCUCCGCCGUCACGGGGGCCACGUUCGGGGCAGGCUCUGGCAGGAUCUGGCUGGACGAUGUGAGCUGUCGGGGGACAGAGAGCUCGCUGGCCCUGUGCAAGUUCAAGGGCUGGGGCAUCACCGACUGCCAACACUCUGAAGACGCCGGGGUCCGCUGCCAAAAGAAUGUGGCGCUGGACAACACCAGCGUGUAUUCUCUGGACAGCAGCUCAGACUUGCCGAAGGCCCUGGGGGAGCUGUUCGACAGCAAGCGGGGCUGUGACUUCUACAUCACCGUGAAGAGCUCCAGAGAGGAGGAGAAGGAGGGCACAUCACAAACCCUCUGCGUGCACAAGGUGGUGCUGUCCCUCAACGCGGAGGCCUCCUUCCUUAAUCUCACCCCGAACUCCAGUCAGAUCACCAUGGAAGUCACUCAGGACUGCCAGCCCUUCGUCGCUGACUUCAUCAGGUACCUGUACACACGCAGGAUAGAUGUCACCCUCUCGUCAGCCCAGUGCCUUCACAAGCUGGCCUCCGACUACCAGGUGAGCACCUUGCAGCAAUAUGCUGGGCAGCUCUUCUCCUGGCUCCUGCCCGAGGACUCCACCUUUAAGAACCAGCUGUCCUUGUAUGAAUACGCCAUCCGCUCUAGGGACCCCAUGUUACAGGAGACCUGCCUCCAGUACCUGGCCUGGAACUGCAAGGCCCUGAUUGGCUCUCCCACGUGGACGAAGCUGGGCAGGGAGACCGUGCAAGCCUUGCUGUCUCGCUCCGAUCUGGUGGUGCCGGACGAGGCCUUCCUGCUGGAGGCGGUGGAGAGCUGGGUCAAGGCCAACCACGCGGGUGAUGGCGCCCCCAGCCUGGAGAGCGAGUCAGCCCUCCUGCAGCAGAUACGGUUCCCCAUGAUCCCCCCCGAGAAGCUCUUCGAUCUCCAGUUCACCUCCAGCGUUUUCAAGAGUCACAGCCAGGUCUACCAGAGCGGGAUGCUCCAAGGAUUCCAGUUCCACUCGGUCUCAUUCCCCAAGCUCAUGCAGCACCAGGAGCAAAUGAGGGAAGACUACAUACCCAGGAUCUACACCGCUGACCCCUGGAGCUUCACCUACAACAUGUCUACCGCCCAAGACGCGUACAGAUACAACUCCUACCACAGAAAAUACGGUUCCUAUAGGCACUACGGCUCAGGAUACGACAUGGGGUCCAGUGGCAGGUGGUCCCAGUCCUUCCAAACCCCAGCUCACACCAGCGCCUUUCUGAAGUCCAGCCCCAUCUCGUGGAGCGUGGGCGUCUACACCUCCGUGCAGGGCUGCCAAAACAGCGGCUACAGGUGCGACUCCGCCCCCGCCGUCAGCCUCUCGGGCAACACAGGCCAGAGGUAUGGGAACUACAGCGUCCUGUACGAGAACCAGGUCCUGUGGGUGUGCAGCGGUGGCUACGUCGUCCACGUCCAAGAAUUCAAGAACAACCUGGCCGUCCUCCCUUCCAACGGCACUGACGGGCUGACCUACCCCUGCCUGUCCGAUUACGAGUCGUUUCGCUUUAUUGUCCGUCCGCGGUACAGCCUGCAUAACUGAGGACGAGCCCCGCAGGUGCUUAAGGAGCCCGUCGAUACCCUCUCCACGUCACCUGGCCUUCCCUUGAAGCGGGCACUGAGGUCAUUUUGUCAGCUUCCCCCAGCAGGGCUCGCUUUCAUUUUUUUUUUGUGUGUGUGUGUGGCUUUUUCCUGUGCGUUUCGUUUUAAAUUCUGAACCCGCUUGUAAUCCAGUGAAGUUUAGGGUUUCAAUCUGUUGUGACGAAUAACAGCUAGCCACGGGCCCUGGAAGGGCCGUUUUGCAGUCUUACAAAUAAAUGGAAACAUGAACACUU